GGAUUUGGCCUGGGUGCGCUGACAAAUGUACUGUGGCGCUCGCUGAUGGAGAUCGAGUCCGAUAGUCUGCCAGCCAGCGAGAGCCGUGGCCGGCGCCAUAUGCGGGAUACCAGUGAGGUCUUUGACUCCCCGUAUGCGUCACGCCGCCGCCAGUUUGGUGGGUUGCAUUCAAGCUGGUCGUCUCGCCGGUCAUACAGUGCCGGUGGCGACGCCUUUGGCGAAGGGAAUUGAGGACGACGAGGUCGACGGGCUGACGCCAAUGGACGAGGGCGGUAACAGCCCUGAGAUCAUCCGCGAGGAGCUGCAGCGUAUGGUUCAGGCUGCCUGGCGCCGUUGCACCGAGGCUGCAAUCGCCAUGUCAACGGCGAUAAAGCGAGCUACUGAGGUGCGUCGUGUUGCGUCGUCCAACCCAGUCAGCGGCUACUACGACCCGACGUUCCGCCCGCAGGUGCUGCCGCCCUACCGUGGCGAUGUGGUAUCGGGCGACGGCCACAGCACAAGCACGUCGUAUGGUGAUAGCAGCCGCAUCAGCGGGCCGUCAAUGUCGAUGUCGUCGUCACGCUAUGACCGCAGCGGUGGGCCGACGCCGACCAUUGGCGAGAUGCGUGCGUCGCCCCAGCAGCCAGGCGUGCCGGGUGGCAGCAGUGGCAACGCAGGAGAUAGCGCGAUGCACCCGGCUGUGUCGCGGCACAAGCCGACGCAGUCGCAGUCGUCACCGUAUCUGCAGCAGCCCAGCGUCUCGCCCAAUGUGUCGAUGAGCGGCGGCGCCAGCGGCUUUGUUGACUCGGCCAGCGGCCCGGGGCAGGUUGCUGGCGAUGCCACGUUCUUUAUGCGGUUCAGUAUGUUCACGUGCUCAGCAACGUAUGUAGCAGCGCGCAUCCACCUGCAGAACCUGCGCUUGACGCCGCGCUGGGAGGAGGCGCUGCGUCGCCACAACGAGGCCGUGGCCGGUGUGGCUGACAUGCGCAGCCCUGCCGUGGGCGGUGUUUCCUUGGCAAUUGCACGCGACGGGGGCAUACCCAGUGGCUCUGCAGCAGCACAUGAGAUGGGGCUUCUGUCUAACCCGCGCGACAUCGGCGUGCUCCCACCACCGCUGCCGCCGCCGCUGCCGCCGCCACCCUGCACGCCCGACCAGGCGCGCGAGGGUGUCACAGCGCUGGUGAAGGUUCUGGAGGAGAUGUCCCCAUAUUGGCGCGUGUCCGAGCACAUCUCCAAGAUCCGCGAGUCUUGGCGUGUGAUCGAGGGUUAUGACUUGCCGCCGCCAGCAUCGAUCCCAGAGGCUAGGCCGCCUCAGCCAGCGCCAGCUCAGCAACAGCAGCCACAGUCACACCAACCACAGCAGCAGCAUGCACCGCAUCAUCACCAGGCUCCACCAGCGCCUCCUAAUGUCUCAGCGCCCGACCCUCACCAGCCGCCGGAGCGCGGGUGGCCGGGUGCGCCUUCCCAAUACGCCCACGCACCGCACCCACCGAAGGCGCUGUCGCCGUCUCAGAUGGUGCAGCCGAACACCUCAAUGCAGCCGCACAGCGGCUCGUCGAUAUCGAUUGCAUCGCUGUCGAAUGAGCAGCUGAUGAUGUCAGUAGCACCCGCCGUCAGUGGGCCCCCGCCAAUGCACAGCCGUGGGGGUCUCUCGAUCCAGCCGCAGCAAAUGGGCAGCGCCAGCGGGCCGCUGCCUCCUCCGCCGCCGCAGAGACAGUAGGCUGGUUGCUUCGCUUUCAACUGGCCUCUGUUUGUUCUGGAAUAGGCGCGUGCGACAAUGGCUCGUUCUGCUACGUGAGGAAGCC